ACGAACGAAGCGACGCCGUUUCACACCGACGCAGAAGAUAUGAUGGUGACUCAGAUCCUUGCUUAGAUUCCUCGUAACUUCUUCUCCGUCAUCGAUUACUCUUACUCUCCGCCGCUGUUUCAGGCGACGAAAUUGAUCUCCGAUUCAUCCAUAGUCUCGCAACCUUUGUUAUGGAUCCGUCGCAGCAGCCUCAGGUAACUCUUCCUCACGAUAACGAGGUUACUGAAUCGCGCGGUGCGGUUAUGGAAUUAGAAUCGGAAUCCGGAAGCUGUUUUAUCGAGAAUAUAGAUCAUGAUAGUGAUUCUUAUCUUAACAACCUCUGUGACUUUGCUGAAUCCGAUGACGAUUCUGGGAUUGAGUUUCGCGAUAUUAGGUUAGUUACAGUCGAAUCGGGUUCCGAUGAUGAUGAUCCUGAGGAUGAGAGGGAGAUAUGGGGAAUCGAUCUGAAUGAAUCAGAUGUCUAUGAUGAUGAUGAUGAUGAUGAUGUUAGUGUGACUAUUCACUCACUCGAAGUAGAAGAUCUUGGAGGAGCUGCCGUUGAACUUGAUUGGGAAGAAGUUGAUGGUGGUGCUGACGUGUCACCGAUGCUCUCUUUAGAAGAUUUAGCUAGAGACGAGAGAAGAGAUGGCUCUGGGAACCUUGAGUGGCAAGUUUUGAUGAACUCUCACACUCUAGAGAUCAACUUCGAUGCGGAGAACAGAGAGCUGUACAUUGUUGGUGGUGAUCAGUAUGAUCUCUUUUUUGAACAGUUUGCUCAAGCUGGGAUUACCAAUCUCCGUUUUCCUCCAGCUUCUGAAGCUUUCGUGAAGAACCUCCCAACGGUUCAGCUGGGUGUUGAGAACGAUGACUGUGCGGUUUGUAAAGAUGAGAUGGGUAUCGGAAGCAGAGGUGUUGUUCUUCAGUUGCCUUGCAAUCAUAAGUACCAUGGAGAAUGCAUUGUACCGUGGCUCGAAACGAGGAACACGUGUCCGGUUUGUCGUUAUGAGUUGCCUACAGAUGAUGUGGAUUAUGAGCGAAGGAAGAGUCAUCUAAGAACAAGUUAGGGAUGCUAUAUGAUAAACGGGUUGGUUAACAUCUUGUAUAUAUGGGUUUGUCUUUUGAAUAUUGAAGAAUGUUUGUAUAUGCUUCAAGCUUUUUCUUAGUUGUAUAUCUCUUUGUAUAUUACCUUAUUGUGUAUGCUAGCUUUACAUGGAGGAACAUGUGUAUGUAUAAUAUUUGCUUGCUUUCUCGUUUUAUUAAAGCUUGGACAAGGUUUUUUUACA